AUUCAAGAUGUUUCUACGAUUGUUGAUGUUAACGAGCCUGGUAAUGGUAUGUUUAUCACAGUCCAGUAAACAAUGCUAUGAAUUUAUAGAUUUAACCCAGAACUAUCAACUCAAAUCAGCUACUCAAGAUUAUCCAAGAGAAGCUAUUGUUAAAGAGUAUGGAAUGCGUCAGGAAUUACAGGAACUUCUUAAUAAUAUUCUGGAACCCAUUCCAACAGAGCCUUCCAUGACAGUUCCUGGAAGCACAGCUCGUGCACCUAUCGACAGAAGGGUUCUAAUGACACCACAACCAAAAGUAUUUUUUGAUCCGAAGAAUAUUCCUAUGCCUUUCGCUGGAGCCAACCCCAAUGGCCGAAUCAACCCUUAUCUGAAGAAUGCGAUACCUUUUCAACGACCAUUGGCACCAAAUACUUUCCAACAGAGAUCGCAGAACAAUCCAGCCAUGCCACUGAGACCUUUAAAUCCACUGGUGAACGGACCAAUUCCAACCCGGAUUCCAGUUACACCAAGAGCUCAAGCAGGAGUCAUCCCAUUCGCUCAACUUCAGGCCCCUAAAGCUGCUCCGACCCCGAUGUAUGCAGGACAUCAAGUGCCGAACCUUGCACGCUUCGGUUUUCCAGGUGCUCGCAGAAAUCUACCACUAGGGUAUCCAAGAAGAGCCCCAGUGCCUCCUGGUCGACUGGCGCCGGUUGUCCCACAACAGAGUAAAUUUACCAUUGAACAAUUGAGACAGAUGGCCAUGCCAUACAAAAGGUCCUAUCAAAGAUACGGCGGUUAUAAUCCCUAUGCCAGAAGUUAUCGAUAUGGUCGACAAUCUGGACAUUUUAUAAGAAAACGAGCUGCUGACAGAAUUUCACCUAAAUAUACCUACAAACAAUUACUACAGUUGGCCAAUCCAUUUAACAGAUACGGAGGAGCCGCAAGAUACAGCAACCAGGGAUAUCGCCCUCCCAGACGAGUUGGUUAUUACAGCCCAGGGUCCACGAGGGCCCAAAACUACCUCUCUUACAAUGGAUACAACCCCUAUAGAAACAACUUUAACCCCUACACUGCCAGAAGAUACACCAACCUCAGAACCAGGCUUCCAAUUGGUACCAGAUUCCGACCUGUCAACCAGUUCCCAGUCCGACCCCAAUAUUCACAGAGUUCCAGGCGGUUCCAGUAUGGUCAACCACAAUACAGAACCAGACGAUCUAUCAGAAUCAACCCGAGUGAAGACAAUCAGAUAAAACCUAUCAGUGAAUCCUGCCCCACUACAAUGAUGUCUAUACAACAGUUUACAGGGCUCGGAGGUAACUGCUGGGUGCUAGAGCCAGAAAAACAGAUGGUAGAUUAUGCUGUGUGUGGACAUGACGACUGUUCUAACUGUAAAUCUGAAGACGAGGAUGAUAAAAUGAGUAAAUGUGUGGAGAACUACCACUGGACCCCGGUCUGGUCCUACUGUGAUGUUUUACCCCAGGGGAAGAAGAUACAGGAGGUGGAACUCUACCUACCCAAAUCCUGCAGCUGUAAGACCUUCCAAUGUUGAUGGGAACCAAUGUAUUUUUUAUAUGGGUUGGGUUAUUUCAAUGUGGUCUGAUUAUGGGUUGGGUUAUUUCAAUGUGGUCUGAUUAUGGGAUGGGUUAUUUCAAUGUGGUCUGAUUAUGGGUUGGGUUAUUUCAAUGUGGUCUGAUUAUGUUUAUAUUAUAAUAAUAAAGAUUUUUGUACUG